AUUGUCGAGUGAUUGAAUGUAAUGUUGCCGGCAGCUUGUUCCUGGUCGAAACAGGUUGGUUGUCUGCGGUGUAAAACUCUCCUUUAACAGGCUUUAAAACAACAGGAAACUCCUCGACGAAGGCCGGGGCGCCAACGCCAGAGAAGAUAGGAUUUUUUUUCCUUUCGCAAUGUUUGCUGGUUAUGAAGAUUUAGAGGCCUAUGAGGAUGAGCUGUACCGUGAGGAGUCUUCCAGCGAGACAGAGAUAGACAGUGAUGUGGAGUUCCAGUUAUACAGUCAAGUGCACUAUGCAAACAACCUCCCUAGAGUGAAGAUAGACAGAGAGUUGGGCACAGCCUCUUUGGAUAUCCAGACUGCUACAGUUGAAGACAAUAUAAAAUUGGUGGAAAGAACAAAAAGUGCAAUUGUUAUUUCUGAUAGUGAGGUCAUAGUCACUUCAGAUAGUCCUGAUGUCAUUAUUUUGUCAGACACUGAAGAUGGUGACAGUGUAUAUGCCUUCAAGGGGGUUAAACCCUUCAAAUGUGAGGUCAGUGAAAGAAAAGAUCAAUCCAAAGUGGAGCCUGCACAAGAAUCAGCCAGAUCUGCCCAUCGUCUGGCACCCAGUAUGGAUAGACUGACUCAACUGCAGAAAUUGUCUCAGUGUAUGGGCAGCUCCAGUCUGUGCAGAAAGUCUCCACAGACCCAAGGGAUGACAAUGAUAGAAGGGAAUGAAAGUUCAGGAGCAGAGGAGGAUGGAAAAAUUGAGAGUUGGAUGGUGCUGGGGCAUGAUCAGAAAGAAGAAAAUGAUGACAACAUCCAGCUCAACAUUGUAAGCUGUGGAACACUGAGAAACGAAGAAGGUGACCUUCACACACACUGGUCCAUCUGUAGAAAAGACCUAGAGUCACUGUUUGGGAAGCAGCGCAGUCGCUACUAUGCACCAAAUAAAACAAGCAUGGAUUGCAGGAACUGUGGCAAACUGGGGCACAUAUCCAAAAACUGCCCAUCUCCAAAGAAAUUUCCAGCCUGUUGUUUGUGUGGGGUUAGAGGUCACCUUCAAAGAGGCUGCCCAGAGAGAUAUUGUACAAACUGCAACAUGCCUGGGCACUGGUUUCAAAACUGUAUUGAAAGGGCAUAUUGGAAAAAACAGUGUCAUCGCUGUCAGAUGACUGGGCACUAUGCUGAUGCUUGCCCUGAAAUAUGGAGACAGUACCAUUUAACGAUCAACCAAGGGCCAAUUGUAAAUGGAUGUUCCCAGCAUGUUGCAAAGAAGUCUGUAUAUUGCUACAAUUGCGCAAAACAAGGACAUUAUGGCCACGAAUGUUCAAGCAAAUGGAUGCAUAAUCACACCUUUCCUACAUCACCAUUUGUGUAUUAUUAUGAUACAAAGCGUGACAUACAAAUGAGGGAGUGGAGGAUACAGAAGAAGGUUGAAGAACUUCAAGAUGCUGGACUUCUGGAAACCAACUUUCCAACUAAGAGAUUGCGCAGGGAGACUGCAAGUAAAGAUUCGCUUACCAAGAAAAUGAAGAAAAAAAGGAAGAGAGAACUGCUGAAGAAAAAAAGGGUUGAACAAGAGGGAAGAGAGUUCAUGAGAAACAGUGGGAUGGCAAAACACAAAGCAAAACAUUGCCAUCAGACCCUCCACUGUCCCAAAACCUUUAGUGAAGGUGUUGAAGAGGAUUUUCCAAGAGAAUUCACAGCCCAGUCAACAGCAACUCAUGCCCCACAGUACAAAACCCAACAGAGCCCUCUGUUGUUUAUGCACAGUAAUACCAUACAGAAUGAGGGACAUGUGGGUCCAACAAGGAAAAAGAAGAACAAGAUCAGGAAAAAGAAAAGGCACACAGAAGGAGAGACUAUAGAGCUGGCAAGGAAAAGGAGAAAAAAGGCUAAGAAAACAAAAGUACAUGUCAGAGAAGGAAUGCUGUCAGCCCCAGAUAAUGGUUUAACAAUGAAACAGAAAGAAAAGAAGCACAAGAAACAUUAUAAAAUUAAAUCUCAGGAAUCUGUAAACUAAUAGAAAUAGAGAAUAGUUGCAUUUGUUUCUGGGAGCAGACCAGCUACACAAUAACAAUCAAAUACUUGUUUUUAAUGUAAAAAUCAUUGUACUAAUUCACUGUGAUAAGGAGUUCAUGGGUUUGCACACAUGUGAAGAGCUCCAGAUGUCACCAGGCCAUUAAGUGAUGCUAAACAAAAGCUAGGCUUCACCCAAUAGGAGGGUUGGUAAAUUUGAGAGUGAAUCACCCUGGGUUGCUUUUACACUGGGCAGGAGAGGCACUGAACUCUGAAUGCAGGGCAUCUGUACAGCCUCUAAGCCAAGCCCUGAUGAACAGUGAAAGGAAAGGAGCAACUUGCCGUUUUUGCAUACAAAUGAAUUGUUCCGUUUGAUGCAGUUUAGAUAAAUAUUCGUGCUUGUUACAUGCUGUAUGGUUAGAGUCUAGUUUAUUCCUUUAGUUACCCAUAAUCAGUAAAAUGUCUACUUUGACUUGUAUUACUGCUUGUACUGUCACAUUACAAGUUAUUAAAUAUUUCAGCAUUUA